AUGUCAAUUUUAAGUUCAAUUACUUCAAUAAUUAAUAUGAAACAAAAUAAUACAUCAAAUAAACAAUUAAUAAGUAAUUCAAAUUUUCCGCAACAAAAACAACAAUCCAAUAAUUUAAUAAGUGCAAACCUUGGUGAAAAAUAUACAAAAUGCAAAUAUUGUCAUAGAAUUUUAUAA